AGACCGGCCUGCGAGUCGGUCACAAAAAUUUUCUACACUUUCUACAUUCGGUUUUGGCAAAACAAAAAAAACUCAAAAAAAAAAAAAUAAAAAAAAAGAUCUAUAAAAAAAAGCACAAUACACAUUUGGAUAUAGAUUCGGUUUAACACUAACAUGCCGGUUGCCUACAAGACACGCACACUGCCCCGGCAGAGAGGACUGGUGCCCAACCUACUGCGGUCCAUCCUACACGUCCUGGAGGAGGCCCACCGACCCAUGAGCGACGCCGAGCUGGUCCAAGUCCUGGGGCUCCAGUACCGCCGCAGCGAUCCCGAGUUCAACCGCCAGGUGCAGAUGAAUCUGCGCGAUGGCGUCGAGUACGGCAUCCUGAGGCGUCAGCGGAACCUCUUCUCGCUGCGCUCGCGACGCCUGGGCGAGCUGAUGGCCACUCUGGGACCCUCUUAGCCAUGCCACUGGGAAACGACGCACUACAAGAUCGGAAUGAAGCCCCCCCCCGAAGAAGA